AUGGACUUGAAGGAACUUUACAGCCAUCUGCCAUAUGCCGCAGCACCACCAAAUUUGAGUAAUCCCAUUAUAUUGGUAACCCCGAGUCCUCUUGUAUACGAAGCUCCAGUCAAAUAUGCCUACUAUCCAACGCCGGCCCCAACUCAUUAUUGCUAUACGCCAGUUCCUCACGUACAAAGUCCCUUUUCCCAUUAUAAUACAAUUGUUCCCAAUUAUUUAAUCCCACAGCAACCAGUAAGAUACCCCGUCGCCGAAACAAAUUAUAUUCAACUUGAUUCAUCAAAGAGUGUUUCGGUAAGCGUCCUGAUAUUUUCACUCAGUUCUCAAGUAGUUAAGCGGAAAUUCGAUGAAAUAUGUACAGACCCAAACAUUACAUUCAAUCCCCAAACAAUCAAUUUGAUUCCUUACUCUCUUUGGAAAUCAGAAAAUAUUACAUUUGGGUAUCUAGUAUCUUUCCAUUUCAGAAAGAGAAAUUCUUCAAACUCCAAAUUUCCGAUAAAGCUCUUCAAUGCUCUCAAGAUUACUGAACACUGUCCGGAUCUCUUCCCGCAUAUUGGUGUGAAAUGGAUCACGGAUGAUGUUAUUUGGGUUGAUAGAGAAGCAUUUGCCUGCCUUAUCGGGGUUAAAACCGUUGAAGGCGGUUUAUUCCAUCAGCAAGGUAACUUCCCUUCUCAUGGUUUUGUUGAAUUAUCAUAUGAAGAAAGUCAAAUGCUUGCAAAUAGCCUCAACUUGGGUAGAAUUGACUUAUCUGUAAUGAGGCUAGUCAGGCAUAGAACUGGAUUAUUCAGAAGGGGAUGCACCGAACUUGAUAUUUUGCGUUGCCAAUGGAAAGGUUGA